UUUUUUUGUUUGUGGAUCUAAAUAAUGCCCAUACACGUUUUUAAGAUAUUUUAAGGUAUCUGUCAAAGUGAAGGUAAACACAAAAUUUUACACAUUUCUGUUGAACAAUGGACAAUAAAGCAAUUAUAUUGCUAGGUGGGCCAGCUAAAGGUACUCGCUUUAGGCCUCUUUCACUUCAUAAACCGAAACCAAUUUUUCCUAUUGGUGGGGUCCCGUUAAUUUACCACACCAUUGAGUCCUUAUCUAAAGUUCCAAAUAUGAAAGAGAUUAUUUUAUUAGGAUGUUUUACUGAUCUAAAUGAAAUUGAAAAAUUUAUUUACAUGUGUGAAGAAAAAUUUAAAAUUAAUAUAAAAUAUUUAAAAGAAAAUGAAAUAAUGGGUAGUGCUGGGGGGAUUUUUAAAUAUAAAAAAGAUAUUUUGUUGGGUAAAGUUGACAAUUUUUUUGUGAUAAAUGGUGAUGUUCUUGGUGAUAUGCCUUUUAAAGAAAUGCUGAAAUUUCAUGAUAAUUUUUGCAAUCAAGAACAAUAUAUAAUAAUGGGAAAAUAUAAUGACCCAUCUCAAAGUUUCAAUUAUGGUUGUAUAAGCUAUGAUGAAAAAACUAAAGAGAUUCUACACUUUGUGGAGAAACCUUUGGAGUUUUCUUCGAAUGUUAUAAGUUGUGGCGCCUACCUUUUUACUUCGACUAUAUUCGAUCAUUUGCAAUCCGCUCUCACAAAUUCCUUAAAAACUGGAAAUGAACUUAUUAAUACUAGGAAUGACUCUCAAAAUUUUAAUAAUCAUACUCUGGAUAUGAAUGAAUCCAAUGCCAGCUCCGAAACAGGGGACAAUAUCAGUUGUAUAAAAACACCAUCUCAUUUCCCUUAUAAAUCGGUUAAAUUGUCAUUUGAAUUGGACAUUUUUCCUGAGCUAGCUGGUAAAUCUGGACAUCUUUUUGGAUAUAUAUUACCCCAAAAUACACCUUGGAUGCAAAUCAAAUCUUCCAGUUCUGCCAUUUACGCAGAUCAAAUGAUUUUAAACCUUUAUACUAAAAAUCACCCGGAGCUCCUGGCCAUUAAUUCAAAAUCUACUUGCACUGUCAUAGGCAAUGUAUUUAUUCAUCCAACAGCUUCUGUCCAUAAUACUUCUGUAUUAGGACCUGAUGUGUCCAUAUGCGCCGGCGCUAUCAUAGGCCCGGGAGCCAGGAUAUCUCAUUCAAUUAUUUGUGAUAACGUCCAUAUUCAAGACCAUGCUUUUGUUACGUGCAGUAUUAUUGGUUGGAACUCCAUAGUGGGUAGAUGGACUAGGAUUGAAGGAACAGAUUGUCGAGAUGAUAUAUCAAUUCAUUCUUUAUUUAGUCCUCAGGGCAAAUUAAAUCCUUCCGUUACUAUUAUAGCGAAUGACGUAGACGUGCAUUCUGAAUUGGUUGUUUUUAACGCAAUAGUACUGCCUAACAAGGAAUUAAAGGAAUGCACACAAAACCAAAUCGUUCUUUAAGAUAAUUUAUCUAAAUUAUACUACAUCAUAAAAAUAUAUAAAUUUAAGGAUCAUUCUUUUAAAUAAUUUUAUACAAUUAAUUAUACACCUUGUGCCAUUGAUCUAAGUUCGCCCCUUCAGAUUAAUUUGUGAUUCUGGCAUUUUUAUACAAUUGUUAUAAAUCGACCCAUUUUAUAAUUUUAUAUCAAGUAAUUAAUAUGGAAAUGUUUAAUUUAAAAAUUACAUUAUACACUACACAUAUAAUAAUUUUAUACGAUUAUAAACCUUGUGUCAUUGAACUAAGUUCGUCACUUCAGAUUAAUUUGUGAUUCGGGUAUUUUUAUACAAUUGUUAUGUUAUAA